AGGAGGAGAGGCGGCGAGUGCAGAGCCGCCCGUCACUCUCUCACACGGCGCUGUGAGAGCCACAGGACCCAUGCUGUCCUCCAGCACACCCACACACAGACACUGAGAGCGAGAGAGAGAGAGAAAGAGACAGAGAGAGAGAGGGAGAGAGUAAGAGAGAGAAAAGGGGAGGAUUUUGUAAUUUCUCCUGAGGAGCUGCGAAUAACCCUUGAGAAAGGAUGGCAGAAGGAGGAGAGGGAGAGGAGGAGAUUCAGUUCUUGCGGACGGACGAUCAGGUGGUGCUACAGUGCACUGCGACCGUUCUGAAGGAGCAGAUAAAGCUGUGCCUGUCCUGUGAGGGCUUCGGGAAUCGCCUCUGCUUCCUGGAGACCACAUCCAAUGCCCAGAAUGUGCCACCAGACCUGGCAAUCUGCUCCUUCAUCUUGGAGCAGUCCCUGUCGGUGCGUGCCCUGCAGGAGAUGCUGGCUAACACCGUGGAGAUGACAGAGGCAGUCAAUUUGGACAAAUGGUCAUCCCAGGGAGGAGGCCACCGUACCCUCCUGUAUGGACACGCCAUCCUACUGAGACACUGUCACUCUGGCAUGUACCUCAGUUGCCUGACCACGUCACGGUCACUCACAGACAAGCUGGCCUUCGAUGUGGGCUUGCAGGAAGAUUCCACAGGGGAGGCGUGUUGGUGGACAAUUCACCCUGCAUCCAAGCAAAGGUCAGAAGGAGAGAAGGUCAGGGUUGGAGAUGACCUUAUCCUGGUCAGCGUGUCCUCCGAGAGAUACCUGCAUCUGUCCUAUGCCAGUGGAGACCUGAUGGUAGAUGCCUCCUUCAUGCAGACCCUGUGGAACAUGAACCCUGUAUGCUCGGGGUGCGAGUUAGCAGAGGGGUAUCUGACAGGAGGCCACGUUUUAAGGCUAUUCCACGGCCACAUGGACGAGUGCUUGGCCAUCUCCUCAGCCGACCAAGGUGACGACCAGCGCAGAAAUGCUCACUAUGAAGGGGGUGCCGUGUGCAACCAAGCACGGUCUCUGUGGAGGCUGGAGCCCCUACGAAUCAGCUGGAGCGGGAGCCACAUGAAGUGGGGCCAGGCUUUCCGAGUGCGUCACAUCACCACAGGCCGGUACCUGUGCCUGGAUGAGGAGAAGGGCCUGAUGGUGCUGGACCCACAGAGGGCCAACACCAAAAUGUCUGCUUUCUGCUUUCGGGCAUCAAAGGAGAAGACAGAGGUGGCUCAGAAGCGUGAUGUGGAGGGCAUGGGCAUACCAGAGAUCAAGUACGGGGAGUCAAUGUGCUUUGUGCAGCAUGUCUCCACGGGGCUGUGGCUCACUUAUGCCUCCGUGGACGCCAAGUCUGCCCGUCUGGGACCUCUCAAGCGGAAGGCCAUCUUGCACCAGGAGGGUCACAUGGACGAUGCCCUAACUGUGGCCCGCUCGCAGACAGAGGAGUCGCAGGCAGCCCGUAUGAUCUACAGCACCACAGGGCUCUUCAACCAGUUCAUCAAGGGUCUGGACUCUCUGUGUGGGAAGAACAAGUCUGCCAGCCCAUUGUCUCUGCCCCUGGAUGCUGUGGUUCUCUCCCUGCAGGACCUCAUCUUCUACUUCCGCCCUCCUGAGGAGGAGCUGGAACACGAGGAGAAGCAGACCAAACUUCGCUCCCUCAGAAACAGACAAAACCUCUUCCAAGAGGAGGGCAUGAUCACCCUGGUGCUGAACUGUAUUGACCGGUUAAAUGUGUACAACACGGCUGCCCACUUCUCUGAGUUUGCCGGGGAUGAAGCUGCAGAGUCUUGGAAGGAGAUUGUGAACCUGCUGUAUGAGCUGCUGGCCUCUCUGAUUCGAGGAAAUCGGGCCAACUGUGCCCUAUUUUGUGAUAAUCUGGACUGGAUUGUCAGUAAAUUGGACCGUCUGGAGGCCUCUUCAGGAAUUUUGGAGGUGUUGCACUGUGUUUUGAUUGAGAGUCCAGAGGUCCUGAAUAUCAUCCAGGAAAACCACAUCAAAUCUAUAAUUUCUCUGCUGGACAAGCAUGGGCGCAAUCACAAGGUGUUGGAUGUGCUGCGCUCUCUGUGUGUGUGUAACGGUGUGGCUGUGAGGUCAAAUCAGAACCUCAUCACAGAAAAUCUUCUUCCGGCUCGUGACCUCCUGUUGCAGACUAAUAUCAUCAACUAUGUCUCCAGUGUAAGGCCCAACAUCUUCCUGGGCACAUGUGAAGGAUCUACCCAGUAUAAAAAGUGGUAUUAUGAGGUGAUGGUUGAUUAUGUGGAGCCCUUUAUGACAGCCCAGCCUGCUCACCUGCGUGUGGGCUGGGCGAUGACAGAAGGGUACAGCCCCUACCCCGGGGGUGGUGAGGGCUGGGGCAGCAACGGUGUAGGGGACGACCUUUACUCCUACGGAUUUGACGGGCUACACCUGUGGUCAGGACAUGUCCCUCGUGUGGUGGCCUCGCCCAGUCAGCACAUCCUGGCAGCAGAUGAUGUGGUCAGCUGCUGCUUAGACUUGAGUGUGCCCAGCAUCUCAUUCCGCAUCAAUGGGCAUCCCGUACAGGGCAUGUUCGAGAACUUCAACCUGGACGGUCUCUUCUUCCCCGUCAUCAGCUUCUCUGCAGGCGUCAAGGCGCGCUUCCUCUUGGGUGGGCGUCACGGGGACUUCAAAUUUCUCCCGCCCCCGGGGUAUGCCCCCUGCUACGAGGCCCUCCUGCCCAAAGAGAGGAUGCGCAUUGAGCCAAUCAAGGAGUACAAGCACGACUUUGAUGGCGUUCGCAACCUGCUUGGACCCACACAGUCACUCACACACACCUCCUUCACCCCCUGCCCAGUGGACACCGUGCAGAUUGUGUUGCCCCCUCACCUGGAACGCAUCCGGGAGAAGCUGGCGGAGAACAUCCACGAGCUGUGGGCUGUCACUCGCAUUGAGCAGGGUUGGACCUAUGGGCCCUUCCGUGAUGACAACAAGAAGCUGCACCCCUGUCUGGUAGACUUCCAAAACCUCCCGGAGCCAGAGAGGAACUACAACUUGCAGAUGUCCGGAGAGACUCUCAAGACUCUGCUGGCGCUGGGCUGCCAUGUGGGCAUGGGCGAUGAGAAGGCAGAGGAGAACCUCAAAAAGAUUAAGCUUCCAAAGACAUAUGUGAUGAGCAGUGGAUACAAGCCUGCCCCCCUGGAUCUCAGCCAUGUUAAGCUGACGCCCAAUCAGAACACCCUCGUGGAGAAGCUGGCAGAGAACGGACACAACGUGUGGGCACGGGACCGCGUGCGACAGGGCUGGACCUACAGUAUAGUGCAGGACAUCAUGAAUAAGAGAAACCCUCGUCUAGUGCCCUACAACCUGCUGGAUGAGAAAACCAAGAAGACCAACCGGGACAGUGUGUGUGCUGCGGUGCGCACGCUUAUCGGCUACGGAUACAACAUUGAACCACCUGACCAGGAGAGCAGUGGUCAUGGGGUUGAAAGUGCACGGGGAGACAAGGUCCGGUUGUUCAGAGCAGAGAAGUCGUAUGCAGUGACCCAGGGGAAAUGGUACUUUGAGUUUGAAGCAGUGACAGUCGGCGAGAUGAGAGUGGGCUGGGCCAGACCCAGUGUCCGUGCCAACACUGAGCUGGGAGCAGAUGAUCUGGCUUAUGUUUUCAAUGGUUUCAAGGCUCAGCGCUGGCACGUGGGCAAUGAGCCAUUUGGCAGACAGUGGCAGUCAGGUGAUGUGGUGGGCUGCAUGAUUGACCUGAAUGAGAUGAACAUCAUGUUCACCCUCAACGGGGAGAUGCUGAUCAGUGACUCCGGCUCUGAGAUGGCCUUCAAGGACAUUGAGAUCGGAGAGGGCUUUAUCCCAGUGUGCACUCUGGGUAUGUCUCAGGUGGGCAGGAUCAACCUGGGCCAGAAUGUUAGCAGCCUGCGCUACUUCGCCAUCUGCGGCCUGCAGGAGGGCUUUGAGCCUUUUGCUAUCAACAUGAAGAGGGACAUCACCAUGUGGUUCAGCAAAAGCCUGCCCCAGUUUGUCCCUGUUCCUGCCGACCAUAACCACAUUGAGGUGUCCCGUGUGGAUGGAACAGUGGACAGCGCCCCCUGUUUGAAGCUGACUCACAAGACCUUUGGUUCUCAGAAUGCCAACACAGACAUGCUCUUCCUGAGGCUCAGUAUGCCAGUGCAGUUUCAUGAGACCUUCAAGGUUCAAGCGGGAACUACACCCCUCACCCGCGCACUCACCAUCCCAGAGGAGGAGGUGGUCGAGGUGGACCCCGACUCAGAGUUUGAGGUGCUUAAGAAGUCCGCCAGCCGCAAGGAGCAGGAGGAGAAGGAGAAAGAGCCGUCAGUGCCUAAAGAGAUCCCGGCCAUCAAAGGGGAGAACGAAAAAGACGCGUCCUCAGAAAAGGGCAAGAAGAGAGGGUUCUUGUUCAAGGCAAAGAAGGCUGCUAUGAUUACACCCCCUCCUGUGGUACCCACAGUCCCCCGCUUGGUGGAAGAUGUAGUCCCGGAUGAUCGAGAUGACCCUGAAAUUAUUCUCAACACCACUACGUACUACUAUUCACUUCGAAUCUUCGCGGGCCAGGAGCCCGGUGGUGUGUGGGUGGGCUGGGUCACCCCAGACUAUCACCAGUAUGACCAGAACUUCGACCUGAGCAAAGUGCGCAGUGUCACUGUCACUGUGGGUGAUGACAAGGGAAACAUCCAUGACAGCAUGAAACAUAGUAACUGCUACAUGGUGUGGGCAGGGGACUUCAGCAACAGCUCCCAACAGGCCCGUUUCAGUCAAGAGGACCUAGUAAUUGGCUGCCUGGUGGACCUGGCAACAGGCCUCAUGACCUUUACAGCCAAUGGGAAGGAAGUCAAUACUUUCUAUCAGGUGGAACCCAACACCAAGCUGUUCCCUGCUGUAUUCGUUCAACCCUACAGUCAGAACAUGCUGCAGCUGGAGCUGGGCAAACUCAAGAACAUCAUGCCCAUCUCGGCAGCCAUGUUCCACAGCGAGCGUAAGAAUCCAGUUCCUCAGUGUCCUCCCCGCCUGGACGUCCAGAUGCUGACCCCAGUGAUCUGGAGCCGCAUGCCCAACCGCUUCCUGACCCCGGAGGUGGCGCGGGUGAGCGAGAGGCACGGCUGGUCGGUGGAGUGCAGCGAGCCCCUCACCAUGAUGGCCCUUCACAUCCCUGAGGAGAACAGAUGUAUAGAUGUUCUGGAGCUUUCAGAGCGUCUGGACCUACUGAAAUUCCACUACCACACGCUCAUGCUGUACUGUGCUGUGUGCGCCCUGGGCAACAACCGUGUUGCACACGCCCUGUGCAGCCAUGUGGAUGAGUCCCAGCUCUUUUACGCCAUUGAGAACACCUAUCUGCCAGGGCCUCUGCGCAGUGGCUACUAUGACCUGCUCAUCAGUAUUCACCUGGAGUCUGCCAAGCGCGCCCGCCUCCUGACUAACAAGGAGUUCAUCGUCCCCAUGACACCGGAGACUCUGAGCAUUACCCUCUACCCAGACGGUGAGAGGGCGCACGCGCUGCCCGGAGUGGGUCUCACCACCUGCCUGCGACCCGAGCCGCACUUCUCUCACGUCAACUUUGUGGGCACCGACCCUGACCUCUACACCCUCAGUCCUGUCAUCCCCUUGGAGAUCCUGAAGACCAAGGCCAUCAGCAUGCUGACGGAGGCUGUGAAGGACGGCACUCAGGCAAUGCGAGACCCAGUAGGGGGCAGCGUUGAGUUCCACUUUGUGCCUAUCCUGAAACUCGUCAGCACCCUGCUGAUCAUGGGCAUUUUCGAUGAUGAUGACGUCAAACACAUCCUCAAGAUGAUCGAGCCCAGCGUCUUCAAUGGAGGGGGAGAGGCGGAGCCACCCGCAGAAGAGGCAGAGGGAGAAAAAGCAGAGGAGGAGCAGGAGCCUGCCAGCAAAGAAGAGGGAGAAGAAGCAAAGGAGGAAGUAGAGGGCCACGAGGGAGAGCUGGAGGAUGAGGGAGUGGGAGAAGAGGGGGAGGAGGAGGAGGAGGAGGAGGAGCUUAAGGAGUUGAAGGCAGACAAAGAAGAGGAGGAGGAAGACGAACACUUGGAGAAGGAGGGAGAGGGAGAGGGAGAAGGGGAAGGCGGAGGGAAGAAGGUAGAUGGAGAGAAGGCAGAGGAGGAGAAGGAGGCCGAAUCAGAUGAGGCAAAGGAGGAAGAGGAAGGCCUGGAGGAAGGACUACUCCAGAUGACUCUUCCGGAGUCUGUCAAACUGCAGAUGUGUAACCUACUGCAGUACUUCUGUGACUGCGAGCUGCGCCACAGAGUGGAGGCCAUCAUCGCCUUCUCCGACCAGUUUGUCCACCAGGUGCAGAACAACCAGCGCCAUCGCUACAGUGAGCUCAUGCAGGCAUUCACCAUGACAGCUGCGGAGACAGCACGCAGGACCCGCGAGUUCCGCUCUCCCCCACUGGAGCAGGUUAUAAUGCUCACAAACUUCAAACAUGGCCCGGAGGAAGAAGACUGUCCCGUCCCCGAGGAUAUCCGAGAAUCCCUACAGCAGUUUCACAGUGACCUGCUGGCUCACUGCGGUGUGCACAUUGAAGAGGAGGAGGAGGAAGAGGAGGUGGACACAUCCCUGCGAGGCCGACUCCUCAGCCUGGUGGAAAAGGUCAAGCACCUCCGCAAGAAGAAGGAGGAAGAGGAGCCAGAGCCUGAGGAAGAGCCCAAACCCAGCACUCUUCAGGAGCUCAUCUCCCACACCAUGAUCCACUGGGCCCAGGAGUCCUUCAUCCAGAACCCGGAGCUGGUGCGCCUCAUGUUCAGCCUGCUGCACCGGCAGUACGACGGGCUUGGGGAGCUCAUCCGCGCCCUGCCCAAGGCCUACACCAUCAACGCCGUGUCCGUACAGGACACCAUGGACCUGCUGGAGUGCCUGGGCCAGAUCCGCUCCCUGCUCAUCGUCCAGAUGGGACCGGAGGAGGAGAGACUCAUGAUCCAGAGCAUUGGGAACAUCAUGAACAACAAGGUGUUCUACCAGCAUCCCAACCUGAUGCGUGCCCUGGGCAUGCAUGAGACCGUCAUGGAGGUCAUGGUCAAUGUGCUGGGUGGUGGUGGAGAUUCCAAGGAAAUCCGAUUCCCACAGAUGGUUACCAACUGCUGUCGUUUCCUGUGCUACUUCUGCCGGAUCAGCCGACAGAACCAGCGCUCCAUGUUCGAUCACCUUAGCUACCUGCUUCAGAACAGCGGCAUUGGCCUGGGGAUGCGAGGCUCCACCCCCCUUGAUGUGGCAGCAGCGUCCUGCAUUGACAAUAAUGAGCUUGCCCUUGCUCUGCAAGAACAGGACCUGGAGAAGGUGGUGACUUACCUGGCCGGGUGUGGCCUGCAGAGCUGUCCCAUGCUUCUGUCAAAGGGCUACCCCGACAUUGGCUGGAACCCCUGUGGUGGAGAGAGAUACCUCGACUUCCUUCGAUUCGCCGUCUUUGUCAACGGGGAGAGCGUAGAGGAGAAUGCCAACGUGGUGGUGCGUCUGCUGAUCCGGAGGCCAGAGUGCUUCGGCCCCGCCCUGAGAGGGGAGGGGGGCAACGGACUCCUGGCUGCCAUUGAGGAGGCCAUCAAAAUUUCAGAGGACCCUGCCAGGGACGGGCCCACUGUCAAGAAAGACCGACGCUUCCCUAUGUUUGGUGGGGAGGAACAGCAAGAAGAGAACAGGGUGCAUCUUGGGAAUGCCAUCAUGUCCUUCUACUCUGCUCUCAUUGACCUGUUGGGUCGCUGUGCACCUGAGAUGCAUUUGAUCCAGGCUGGCAAAGGUGAGGCUCUGAGAAUCAGGGCCAUCCUGAGAUCCCUGGUGCCCAUUGAGGACCUGGUGGGAGUCAUCAGCCUGCCUGUCCACAUACCAGCCUUUGGAAAAGAUGGCCACAUCAUUGAGCCAAAGAUGUCGGCCAGCUUUGUACCAGACCACAAGGCGUCCAUGGUCCUUUUCCUGGACAGAGUGUACGGCAUUGACAACCAGGACUUCCUGCUGCAUGUGCUGGAAGUGGGCUUCCUACCUGACAUGAGAGCAGCUGCUUCACUUGACACAGCUGCCUUCAGCACCACGGAGAUGGCCCUGGCUCUGAACCGCUACCUGUGCUCAGCCGUCCUGCCCCUGCUCACCAAGUGCGCCCCGCUGUUCGCGGGCACUGACCACCGUGCCAUCAUGAUUGACUCCAUGCUGCAUACCGUCUACCGGCUGUCCAGGGGCCGUGCCCUCACUAAGGCCCAGAGGGACGUUAUCGAGGACUGCCUCAUGUCACUGUGCAAGUACCUGCGUCCAUCUAUGCUACAGCACCUGCUGAGGAGGCUGGUGUUUGAUGUGCCUAUUCUCAAUGAGUAUGCCAAGAUGCCACUCAAGCUGUUGACCAAUCACUAUGAGCGUUGCUGGAAGUAUUACUGCCUUCCCAAUGGCUGGGCUAAUUUCGGGGUCACAUCAGAGGAGGAGCUGCAUCUCUCCCGCAAACUCUUCUGGGGCAUCUUUGAGUCACUGGCGCAUAAGAAAUUUGAUGCAGAGCUGUUCAAGAUAGCCAUGCCCUGCAUCUGUGCCAUUGCUGGGGCCAUUCCCCCAGAUUAUGUGGAUGCCAGCUACACCAAUACUGAGAAGAAAGCUUCGGUUGAUGCUGAGGGAAACUUUGACCCCAAACCUGUAGAGACCACCAACACCAUCAUCCCAGAGAAACUGGAUCCCUUCAUCAACAAGUAUGCAGAACACACACAUGACAAGUGGGCUUUUGAAAAGAUCCAGAACAACUGGACUUACGGGGAGCUGUUGGAUGAGAAUGCCAAGACUCACCCCAUGCUCAGACCAUACAAGACCUUUUCUGAGAAGGACAAGGAGAUUUACCGCUGGCCCAUCAAAGAAUCCAUCAAAGCCAUGAUCGCCUGGGAGUGGACCAUAGAGAAAGCAAGGGAUGGAGAGGAGGAUAAGGCAGAGAAAAAGAAGACCCGCAAGAUAUCACAGACAGCACAGGCCACUUAUGACCCCAGCCAUGGCUACAGCCCCCAGCCAAUUGAUAUCUCUGGCAUGGCACUGUCAAGAGAACUGCAGUCUAUGGCUGAGCAGUUGGCAGAGAACUAUCAUAACACCUGGGGCAGGAAGAAGAAGAUGGAGCUUCAGGCCAAAGGGGGCGGAACCCAUCCCCUGCUUGUACCCUAUGACACACUGACUGCCAAGGAGAAGGCCCGUGAUCGAGAGAAAGCCCAAGACUUGCUCAAAUUCUUGCAGCUUAAUGGAUAUGCUGUCACAAGGGGGCUGAAGGACAUGGAGCAGGACAUCUCUUCUAUUGAGAAGCGCUUUGCCUAUGGCUUCUUGCAGAAACUGCUGAAGUGGAUGGACAUUGCCCAGGAGUUCAUUGCCCAUCUGGAGGCUGUGGUGAGCAGUGGCCGUGUGGAGAAGUCACCACAUGAACAGGAGAUAAAAUUCUUCGCCAAGAUUCUGCUGCCACUGGUAAACCAGUACUUUAAGAACCACUGCCUGUACUUCCUGUCCACUCCUGCCAAAGUGCUGGGGAGUGGGGGGCACUCCUCCAACAAGGAGAAGGAGAUGAUUGCCAGUAUCUUCUGUAAGUUGGCAGCUCUGGUGAGACACAGAGUUUCUCUCUUUGGAACGGAUGCCUCUGCAGUGGUCAACUGCCUGCACAUUCUGUCCCGAUCACUGGAUGCCAGGACGGUGAUGAAGUCAGGCCCAGAGAUUGUGAAGGCAGGAUUGCGCUCCUUCUUCGAGAGUGCUGCGGAUGACAUAGAGAAGAUGGUGGAGAACCUUAAACUGGGCAAAGUGUCCAGCCGGAACCAGGUGAAAGGAGUGUCCCAGAACAUCAACUACACCACCAUAGCUUUGCUUCCUGUGCUCACCUCCCUGUUCGACCACAUUGCCCAGCACCAGUUUGGAGAUGACGUUAUCUUGGAUGAUCUGCAGAUAUCAUGCUACCGUAUUAUGUGCAGCAUCUACUCUCUGGGCACUGUCAAGACCCCACAUGUGGAGAGGCACAGGCCAGCCCUUGGGGAGUGCCUUGCCCAUCUUGCUGCGGCAAUGCCGGUCGCCUUCCUGGAGCCUCACCUCAACGAGUUCAACGCAUACUCCGUCUACACCACCAAGACCCCCCGAGAAAGAGCAAUCCUGGGUCUUCCCAGCAAUGUCCAGGAGCUGUGCCCAGACAUCCCUGACCUGGACGUCCUGAUGAAGGAGAUCGGGGACCUUGCCGAAUCGGGCGCCCGCUACACCGAGAUGCCCCAUGUUAUUGAGAUCACCCUGCCUAUGCUCUGCAACUACCUGCCUCGCUGGUGGGAACGCGGCGUUGAGAACUUCCCUGAGCUGGAGGGCCAGCUAUGCACCGAAGUCACCUCUGAACAGCUAAACCAGCUGCUGGGCAGCAUCAUGAAGAUUGUGGUGAACAACCUGGGCAUCGACGAGGCCUCCUGGAUGAAGAGGCUUGCUGUGUUUGCGCAGCCCAUUGUGAGCAGGGCCAUGCCCGAGAUGCUCAAGUCCCACUUCAUCCCCACCAUGGAGAAGCUGAAGAAGCGUUGUGGCAAGGUGGUGGCUGAGGAGGAACAUUUGCGUAUGGAGGGCAAGACAGAUUCGGACAAUGAGGCGUGCACCAUCCGUGACGAGUUCGCCGUGCUGUGCAGGGACCUGUAUGCUCUCUACCCCCUGCUCAUCCGAUAUGUGGACAACAACAGGGCAAGAUGGUUGACGUGUCCAGACCCAGAUGCAGAGGAGCUUUUCAGGAUGGUGGGAGAGGUCUUUAUUUUCUGGUCCAAGUCUCACAACUUCAAGCGAGAGGAGCAGAACUUUGUGGUGAUGAAUGAGAUCAACAACAUGUCCUUCCUUACUGCUGACAGCAAGAGCAAGAUGAGCAAGGCCGGGGACGGAGAGGGUGGUGGCUCAGAUGUGGAGCGCACCAAGAAGAAGCGGCGGGGGGAUCGCUACUCGGUGCAGACCUCGCUUAUCGUGGCCUCCCUCAAAAAGAUGCUCCCCAUCGGCCUCAACAUGUGCUCCCCUGCAGACCAGGAACUCAUAAACUUGGCCAAGAUCAGAUACUCCCUGAAAGACACUGAUGAGGAGGUUAGAGAGUUCCUGCAGAACAACCUGCAUCUCCAAGGCAAGGUGGAGGACCCCUCCAUGCGCUGGCAGAUGGCUCUGUACAAGGAGACGUCAGGGAAGGCUGAAGAUGCAGAUGCCCCAGAGAAAGUGGUGAAGAGAGUGCAGGAGGUGUCUGCUGUGCUCUAUCACAUUGAUGUGACGGAGCACCCCUUCAAGUCCAAGAAGAUGGUGUGGCACAAACUGCUGUCAAAACAGCGCCGCAGAGCAGUGGUGGCCUGCUUCAGAAUGACACCCCUGUACAACAUUCCCAGGCACAGAGCAUCCAACAUGUUCCUGGAUGGGUAUAAACGCAACUGGAUCGAGACAGAGGGAUACUCAUUCGAGGACAAAAUGAUAGACGACUUAUCCAAAGCAAUGGAGGAAGAGGAAGAGGAAGAGGAAGAAACGGAGACAAAGCCAGACCCCCUUCACCAGCUCAUCCUUCACUUCAGCCGUACAGCUCUCACCGAAAAGAGUAAACUUGAUGAAGAUUAUCUAUACAUAGCAUAUGCCGAUAUUAUGGCAAAGAGCUGCCACAUUGGUGAGGAAGACGAAGGGGGAGAGGAGGGGGGCGAGGAGAUGUCCUUUGAGGUGCGACAGACAGAGAUGGAGAAGGAAAUGGAGAAACAGAGGCUCCUGUACCAGCAGUCCCGGCUGCACACCCGUGGGGCGGCAGAGAUGGUUCUGCAGAUGAUCAGCGCCUGCAAAGGUGAGACUGGUGCCAUGGUGUCCUCUACUCUCAAACUGGGCAUCUCCAUCCUGAAUGGAGGGAACAGCGAUGUCCAACAGAGGAUGCUGGACUAUCUAAAGGAUAAGAAGGAUGUGGGCUUCUUCCUGAGCGUGCAGGCCCUGAUGCAGACCUGCAGUGUGCUGGACCUGAACGCCUUUGAGAGACAGAAUAAGGCAGAGGGGCUGGGCAUGGUGUCAGAGGAGGGCACGAACAUCAAGCUAGAACGUGAUGAGAAGGUUAUGGCUGACGACGAAUUCACCUGCGAUCUCUUCCGCUUCCUGCAGCUGCUCUGUGAGGGUCACAAUAACGACUUCCAGAACUACCUGCGCACACAGACUGGCAGCACCACUACCAUCAACAUCAUCAUCUGCACUGUGGACUAUCUGCUUCGGCUGCAGGAGUCCAUCAGUGACUUCUACUGGUAUUACUCUGGGAAGGACAUCAUUGAUGAGCCGGGCAAGAGAAACUUCUCUAAAGCCAUGACGGUGGCCAAGCAGGUCUUCAACAGCUUGACGGAGUACAUCCAGGGCCCGUGUACUGGCAACCAGCAGUCCCUGGCUCACAGCAGGUUAUGGGACGCUGUGGUGGGCUUUCUGCAUGUCUUUGCUCACAUGAUGAUGAAGCUGGCACAGAUGCACCCUGCUCCUGGACUUCGAAAUGGAGAUCAUUUCUGGAGUAGAACACAUUCUGAGGACUCUAGUCAGAUUGGCCUGCUUAAGGAGCUGCUGGACCUGCAGAAGGACAUGGUAGUCAUGCUGCUGUCUCUGCUAGAGGGAAAUGUUGUGAACGGAACCAUCGCCCGUCAGAUGGUGGACAUGCUGGUUGAGUCAUCCAGCAAUGUUGAGAUGAUCCUCAAGUUCUUCGACAUGUUCCUCAAGCUGAAGGACAUUGUGGCCUCAGAUGCGUUCCGGGAUUACGUGACCGACCCCCGUGGGCUGAUCUCAAAGAAGGAUUUCCAGAAGGCUAUGGACAGCCAGAAGCAGUACUCUCCAUCGGAGAUCCAGUUUCUUCUGUCCUGCUCGGAGGCAGAUGAGAAUGAGAUGAUCAACUUCGAGGAGUUUGCUGACCGCUUCCAGGAACCAGCCAAGGACAUUGGCUUCAACAUAGCAGUGCUGCUCACGAAUCUGUCAGAGCACGUCCCCCAUGAUACCCGAUUGCAGAACUUUUUGGAACAAGCAGAGAGUGUGCUGAACUACUUCCGCCCUUUCCUCGGUCGCAUUGAGAUCAUGGGCGCCAGCAGGAAGAUUGAGCGCAUCUACUUCGAGAUCAGUGAAGCCAACCGCACUCAGUGGGAGAUGCCCCAGGUCCGAGAGUCCAAGCGGCAGUUCAUCUUCGAUGUGGUCAACGAGGGGGGUGAAUCCGAGAAGAUGGAGCUCUUCGUCAACUUCUGCGAAGACACCAUCUUUGAGAUGAACAUCGCCUCGCAGAUCUCUGAGCAGGAGGAGGAGGAGAAGGAGGAUGAUGACGAGGAGGAAGGUGGAGGAGAAGGAGAAGGAGGAGAGGGAGGGGAAGGAGAAGAAGCCAACGGAGAGGAGGGACCCCCGGAGUCCAGCUCGGCCUUUGCGGACUUCCUCAACAGCGUGGUAAACUUCCUGAAGAUGUUCACCUUCCGCAACUUGCGCCGGCAGUACCGCAGACUGAGAAAGAUGACCAUAAAGGAGAUGGUAGUGGGCCUGGCCAUGUUCGUCUGGACCAUCCUGAUGGGCAUCCUGCACUUCAUCUACAGCAUCUGCAAGGGCUUCUUCCACCUCAUCUGGAACACCCUCUUUGGUGGCGGCCUGGUAGAGGGAGCUAAGAAGAUGACGGUCACUGACAUCUUGGCCAGCAUGCCAGACCCCACACAGGACGAGGUGCAUGGAGACCUGCCUGCCGAGCCUGGGGCUAGGGAGGAGCAAGAGGCAGGCGGAACGGCCGAUUUGGAUGCGGGUGGAGGUGAGGAGAUGGAAGAAGAUGACAAAGAGAAGGAAGGAGGCCGAAUGCCGGGCUUUGACACUCCUGGUGGACUUGGGGACAUUGGUGAGCCAACAACUGUUGAACCACCCACACCCGAGGGCACUCCCUUGCUUAAGAGAAAACUGCUGGGUUCUGGCUCAGAGGAGGAGGAGGCUGAACCUGAAACCAUAGAGGAACCACCUCCUGAACCUGAGAAGGCUGACACUGAGAAUGGGGAGAAGGUUGAAAAGGAAGAAGAAGCCCCAACAGAGGAGCCUAAAGAAGAAGAAGAAGAGAAAGGCAAGGUUAAGGCCAAGACCCAGAAAGACAAAAAAUCAGCUGGGGAGGAUGGCUUUGAACUUUGGAAUGAGCUGGAGAUCCAGAGGAACAAAUUUAUGAACUACCUGUCCCGUAACUUCUACAACCUGCGCUACCUGGCCCUCUUCAUUGCCUUUGCUUUGAACUUCAUUUUGCUGUUUUACAAGGUAUCAGACAGCCCCCCUGGAGAGGAAGAGUUCGAAGGCUCUGGGAUGUUCGAAGGCUCGGGCAUGUUCGAGGGUUCCGGGGCCGAGGCAGAGGGAUCAGGGAUGGAGGAUGGUGGAGGGGAUGAGGACGAGGAAGAGGGGCUGGUGUAUUUCUUCUUGGAGGAGAGCACUGGAUACAUGGAACCUGCCCUGGCAUUCCUUGCUAUCGUGCAUACCAUCAUCUCCUUCCUCUGCAUCAUUGGCUACAACUGUCUCAAGGUUCCACUGGUUAUCUUCAAGAGAGAGAAGGAGCUGGCUCGCAAGCUGGAGUUCGAUGGUUUAUAUGUGACUGAGCAACCUGAGGACGAUGACAUCAAGGGCCAGUGGGACCGGCUGGUCCUCAACACCCCCUCAUUCCCAAACAACUACUGGGACAAGUUUGUGAAGAGAAAGGUACUGGAUAAAUAUGGCGAUAUCUAUGGCCGAGAGAGGAUUGCCGAGCUGCUGGGUAUGGACCUAGCCUCUCUGGACAUCAGCGCUCAACAGCAAGAGAAGAAGCCUGAACCAGACAACUCUGUUUUCACCUGGAUCACCUCUAUCGAUGUCAAGUACCAGAUCUGGAAGUUUGGGGUGGUGUUCACUGAUAAUACUUUCCUCUACCUGGUGUGGUACAUGGUGAUGUCUCUGCUUGGACACUACAACAACUUCUUCUUCGCCUGUCACCUGCUGGACAUCGCCAUGGGUGUCAAGACCCUGCGCACUAUCCUGUCCUCUGUCACCCACAAUGGCAAACAGCUGAUGAUGACAGUGGGGCUGCUGGCCGUGGUAGUGUACCUCUACACCGUAGUGGCCUUCAACUUCUUCCGCAAGUUCUACAACAAGAGCGAGGACGAGGACGAGCCGGACAUGAAGUGUGAUGACAUGAUGACUUGUUAUCUGUUCCACAUGUACGUGGGAGUGCGUGCUGGUGGGGGUAUAGGAGAUGAGAUAGAGGACCCUGCUGGAGACGAGUACGAGCUCUACCGUGUGGUCUUCGACAUCACCUUCUUCUUCUUCGUCAUUGUCAUCCUGCUGGCCAUCAUCCAGGGUCUGAUCAUUGAUGCGUUUGGAGAGCUGAGAGAUCAGCAGGAGCAGGUCAGAGAGGACAUGGAGACUAAAUGCUUCAUCUGCGGAAUUGGGAGCGACUAUUUUGAUACGACGCCGCAUGGCUUCGAGACGCACACCCUGGAAGAGCAUAACUUAGCCAACUACAUGUUCUUCCUGAUGUAUUUAAUCAAUAAAGACGAAACGGAGCACACAGGACAGGAGUCCUAUGUUUGGAAGAUGUACCAAGAGCGAUGCUGGGACUUCUUCCCGGCCGGAGACUGUUUCAGGAAGCAGUAUGAGGAUCAGCUGGGUUAAGCCUGUGUGCCAGAGUGUGUGUGUGAGAGAGAGAGGGUGAGAGACAGAGAAAGAGAGGGAUGAGCUGUACACAUUCAUUUGAGGGGCAAUAGAACACUUGUUUGCGUGAUUUCUCCUAUCUCCCCUCUUGACAUCACCCGCUCUGGCACACGAGCACGCUAGUACGCAAGCACUCACACACAGCCCCCAACUACCGUGAGUGACACCGAUGUAAAAUGUAUGAGAGAGUGAAUGAGACGAUGUGAGAGAGAGCAAUAGAGAGUUUGUACUUCUGUAAAUACACUCCAUGGCCUUCCUUUUGUGUGAGAUGUUUUGAGGAAUUGAGAGGAAAAACACUUGCGAGACCACCUGAACUCAGCUGAUAACAUGCGACCGCAUGCAGAGACAUACACACACAAAUGCACACAUGCACACACACUCACAAACACAUUACAGUGCCUAAAACUGACAUCAAUACCACAAUAACCUGAUAUUGAAAAGUGCUUCAUUAUUAUAUAUGUUACUAGUAUGAUUAUUAUUACUGUUAUUACUAGGUGUAGAUUAGGCUAAGUGUUAGUGCUAUUACAGUGAAUGUUAUUAAUAACCUUAUGAUUAAUACAUUUGUUUAUUUAUCUCUCAUUUGCGUUAAUUGCUUUGCCAAAGUAAGCAAACAUCUCUAUUGCUGUGGUGUGUACUGUUACUACAAGAUUGUUCCGUUACCUCAUCUCACCCACUCCCUUGCAACCAAAUUUACUCCUCUGUACAACUGGAGGGUGAAACAGUGGACAGGAUUUUUAAUACGGAGAAGGGACAAAGGACAAGGAUUUUGCAGGCACCUGUGCACAGUGUAGAAGUGUGUACACUGAAGCGUAGUACUACACGCAUACUCUAGAUGGCAGACAUACCCCCUUAUUGCUAUGGCUCUCUCUCUCUUUCUGUGAUCAGUCACUCAUGUCCCACUCAAUUUCAUAAGCAUGUCUCUGUCGGCAAUUACACGCGUUGGGUUAUCAUUACAGUGAUGAACAGUGACAGAGGCAAAAGGCCCACUAGCACUCUAAAGUCUUAUGUGUCUCUGCUUCUGCGCGAUCCCGGAAACCAGAGGACGGUUUCUGUGGUGCAAACACACAACAGGAUCAACUACAUAAAGCAGAGUAAUUCCAAAUGUCAGCCUCAAUAUCCAAUUUACUCCUCUCUUAACGAGACGACUCUAUGUCAAUAUCCUUACUGCACUGCUAGUUUACUGUCAUUUUUUUUAUUUGUCACCAGAGCAAAGAGUCUUUAUUUUUCAAUGCAUUGGUGAGAAAUUAUUGUAUAGUUUGUGGCCACAGUAUCAUCUUUGAGCCCAAC